CUCUUCCAUUUUUCCUUUCAAAUUGCUUCCAUCUUCUAGUUCUGUCGAGUUGCAGGCCACAGCCGGUGACCUCACUACUCCCUCCAUUAAAAUCAGGGAAUAAGCUCCCCACCCCUUUGAGUAUUUCUUAUGGCUAUGGCACAAGGAACCAGACUCAGACUCGGACUCUGCUCCUUCAAGCACCCAUUUCUCUGGAAUAUUUCCCCUUCUAUAGCUUCUACCACCACCACCACCGCUGGAGCAAUCCAGACUUGUCUCUGUCUUCCGUGGCUGUUCCGCCUUCUUCAUUCCAAUGCCUUGAACCCACUGCCACAACGAUCUCCGGCGUUCCAUGGAGUAAGAUAUAUGCAACGGCAACUGCCUUUUCAAAGAUUAUUCUGCUCCGAGGCCACUGGUGACAAGGAGAAGAUGAAGAAGAAACCGAUAGCAAAUGAAGAUUUUGUAACGAUGCGAAUUAAUCAAAAGCUUACAGAUAAGCUUACAAAUAAAUCCCCUGUAUUCUCAGAUCAUUGCAUUUUCAAAGUGCCAAAACAACUACGAAUUGUGAAUGAAGAGGCAUAUGAACCGCAACUAAUUGCAAUUGGUCCUUAUCACCAUGGGAAAGAUCAUUUACUUGCCAUGGAAGAUCACAAAAUACGGUAUCUUCAAAGCUUCCUUCAACGAAGUGCACAGAAAGAUGUAUCAAGGUAUGUGCAGACCAUAAGAAAUUUGGAAGAAAAAGCUCGUAAAUCUUAUGCAGAGCCUUUAAGCUUUGAGCAUGAUGAAUUCAUUGAAAUGAUGCUUAUUGAUGGUUGCUUUAUUAUUGAGUUUAUACACAAAAUGGUUGAAUUUGAUGUGCAAGACCCUAUUAUGGGGUCUGGACAUAUGUAUGUUAGAUUAAUGCUGGACUUGUUAUUACUUGAAAAUCAACUUCCAUUCUUCAUACUAUGGGAGCUGCUUAGGACGAGCAAUGUGAUAUCAAACCCAGAAAUCAACUUCACUAGGUUGAUUUUGAAAGCCUAUAAGCAUUAUUUAUCAGGCUCAGGCUGUGAUAUGAGUCGUGCAUACACUUCAGCAGAGAUGAUGCAAAUUAAAAGUAUUUUGGGAUUAGUACAUGACAACUGGCAACCUUCCCCCGAAAGAAUAGAGGUUUAUAAGAAAAUGAGAGAAACCAAGAAACCAAGUAGUACGCGCUGUGCCACAGAGCUCAAAGAGGCCGGGAUUAAGUUCAAGAGCCCAAAAAUAGAAAUCACAGAUAUAACAGAAUGUGUCUUGCGAAAUCUCAUAGCCUAUGAGCAGUUGACUUCUUUCACGAGUCCAAAAUACUUCACUGAUUACAUGAUAUUCAUGGAUAGCCUCAUCAAUUCUAAAAAGGAUGUGGAGCUACUUUGUCGCAAGGGGAUCAUUGAUAACUGGAAGGGAGACGAUGAAACCAUUGCUAUUAUAUUCAACAAGCUUGGGGAACACGUCUUUUGCGAAAGCACUCUCUACGCGGAUAUAGUGAACAAUGUUAACGAGCAUUGCAAGAAACGAAGGAAUCUGUGGAUGGCCCAGUUGAGGCACGAUCAUUUUCAAAGCCCAUGGUCUGUCAUUUCUCUUUUGACUGCUAUCAUUUCUGUUUUGGUUGCUAUCAUGCUGCCCCUUCUCCCAUGAUUCAAACUGUUUUUUCAGUUCUUCCUUAUUAUAAGUAAAAUAAAUGCUAACAUUUCUUGUUC